AUGGAUCAAAACAAGAACGAAGAACAUCCUAGUGGUGGUCCUCCUGUCACUUCUCAGCACCAUAUAGAUGUGGCCCUAUCUUUGCAAGAAAAGAGCCAUUCCUCUGAUUUCGUUCCUCUAGGCGAGGAUAAAAGAAGUCGACCAGGUACUUCUUCCAGACGGUCCACACAUGGCUUAUUUGGGAUAGAAAUAGAUGAAGGUUCACUUGUGAUCAACGGCGACGUCAGAGGCAAGCAUCCCGAUAGAACCACGAGCCAUAUGAUCAGUGGUGGGUCAGUGAAGAAUAACAGCGCCGUGUACAAUGGCGAUUUGGAUAUAGAAAGUUUGAUGAAGACUUUUGGCAAAAGGCGCAAGGAUGACCAAAUAGAAAACAAUGUCUAG